AUGAGCGCGAUAGUGAACGUGGCCGCCGACGUGAUAUCGGGCACGGCCAUCGCCGCUGCAGGUACGCAGGUGGCAUGGUUCAUUCCGAUGUUGGUGGCGGCAAUAGCGUAUUACCAGUUCGAUCAGACCGACCCUGAGGGAAGACCCACAGAUAUACCGGACUCCAACAUGUUACCCGAAUACGAUUUCAUCAUAGUUGGUGCUGGAUCCGCUGGAGCAGUAGUCGCGAAUCGUCUUUCUGAAAUCGGUUAUUGGAAUGUGCUUCUUUUGGAAGCUGGUGGAGACGAAACAGAAAUCUCAGAUGUCCCUUUAUUGGCGGGAUAUCUACAACUAAGUAAAUUGGAUUGGAAAUACAAGACGGAACCUCAAGGAACUAGUUGUUUAGCUAUGGAAGAGGGACGAUGCAACUGGCCACGUGGAAAAGUUCUGGGUGGAAGUUCUGUACUUAACUACAUGUUAUAUUUAAGAGGGAAUAAAAAAGACUACGACAUUUGGGAAUCUCAAGGAAACAAAGGAUGGGGAUAUAAAGAUGUGUUAUAUUAUUUUAAAAAAUCCGAAGACAACCAAAAUCCAUAUUUGGCCAGAACUCCGUAUCACAGUACCGGUGGCUAUCUGACUGUUUCAGAAGCACCAUUUAGAACACCACUUGUGUCUAGUUUCAUAGAUGCUGGUUUAGAAAUGGGUUAUGUUAAUAGGGAUAUAAAUGGUGAAAAUCAAACUGGAUUUAUGGUAGCUCAAGGAACAUUAAGGCGUGGAAGUCGAUGUUCAACUUCAAAAGCUUUCUUAAGACCCGCUAAAGAUCGUAAAAACCUUCACAUCUCUAUGAACUCUUUUGUGACUAAAGUGAUGUUAGAUCCAAGAACAAGAAUAGCUUUCGGUGUGGAGUUUAUUAAGAAUAAAAUGAUAUAUCGUAUAAGGGCUCGCAAAGAAGUAAUAUUAUCCGGCGGAACGAUUAACUCUGCUCAGUUAUUAUUACUUUCGGGGAUAGGUCCAGCAGAAGAGUUGGCAAAACACCGUAUUCCCUUGAUUCAAAAUCUUCAAGUAGGAAAAAAUUUGCAAGAUCAUAUUGGUUUAGGUGGAUUAGCCUUUAUGAUAAAUAAACCAAUAUCGAUUAUAGAAAAUAGACUGCAUACCGUAAGCACUUUAAUGGAGUACGCAGUAAUGGGUGAAGGUCCGCUAACAAUAAUGGGUGGCGUUGAGGGCUUGGCUUUCGUAAAUACUAAAUAUGUAAACGCAUCCGAUGAUUUUCCGGAUAUAGAAUUUCAUUUUAUAUCUGGAGCGACGAAUUCGGAUGGUGGUGGACAGUUGAGAAAAAUACAUGGUUUAACUGAGAAAUUUUACAAUGCAGUAUUCCAGCCUAUGAAUAACGUAGAUGUUUGGAGUAUAAUACCAAUGCUAUUAAGACCGAAAAGCAAAGGUUAUAUUCAACUACGAAGUGCAAAUCCAUACGAUUAUCCAUAUAUUUAUCCAAAUUAUUUGACUGAAGAAAUGGAUGUAAAAACAUUAAUAGAAGGAGUAAAAAUUGCCUUCGCAGUUUCUAGGACUAAAGCGUUUCAAAAGCACGCAUCAUUAUUUAAUAAUCACAUUUUUCCCGCGUGUAGACAUAUACAAAAAUUUUCAGACCCCUUUUGGGAGUGUAUGAUAAGACAAUAUACAUGUACGAUAUAUCAUCCAGUUGGAACUGUGAAAAUGGGACCUUAUUGGGAUCCAGAAGCUGUUGUCGAUCACGAACUGAAAAUUUAUGGAGUUCGAGGACUGAGAGUUAUAGACGGCAGUAUAAUGCCUAAUUUAAUUAGUGGCAAUACUAACGCUCCUAUAAUCAUGAUCGGAGAGAAAGGCAGUGAUAUGAUAAAAGAGUUUUGGUUAAAAAGACGAAUGUCCAGAUAUUACGCC